AUGGACCCAGCCUGUGUUCCCCAACAGGCUCAGCCAUCAUUUUACUACUACAACCCAGAGCCAGAGUCACGCCACGGCCAGCAUGCCUUCUUCACUCCUCACCCAAACGAGUACUCCCAGAACCAGAUGAUGAUGGUGCAACCUCAGAUGCCACAGCAGUUCGCUCAGCACUCCCACAUGCAGCCACAGGUGCACCUUCACCCAUCUGACCAGCAGAACGGCGCUCAGUUCAGACCACUCAGUGCAAAGGAUUAUCUCUCGACUCCCAACGCAACACACAGCCCAUCGCCCUCUCCACAGCCGAUGCACAUCAAGCCUAGUGUUUUCCUUCAUGGCUCGCCCGCACUUCUGUCUUUGGACACAAACUGUGGCUGGGCUGAUGCAAACGGAUUUCCAUCUACUCCCCCACUGUCAACUUCUGGUAGCAGCAUCAGCAGCCCCCCAUCAAGCUGUGGAAUGACUAACACUCCCAUUGGCGGUGACUCUUUCCGCAUGGAAGGCAUUGAAGGUGUCAAAGAGGGCUGCGAGACAGACGUGGAACUCGAGCUCCUCGCCAACUCUCACUGGCACAGAUCUGCCUCUCCUGAGAUGACACCUUUGUAUGUUCGUCCGUUUUCGGUGCAUUCCAAUGCCAGUUUACCGCUUGCCGAGGCCAACCACCUUACCUCCAAUAGCGGCACUGAGAGCGGCUCUUCGCUUACCUCAUCAUCCUCUCGCUCGUCUUCUCGCUCUCCCAUCAUGACUUCCUCUUCCUCGCUUCUCCACGAGACGCCCACGACUUCGUUCUCUGCGCAGCAGCCCUCCAGCACCGACUUCUGUGACCCGCGCCAGCUCACUGUCGAAUGCCCAGUGCUUUCGCUCCCCGUUCCCGACUACCCGCCACUCCCACCACUCUCAACCGUUGACGAAGACAGGUCGCGGUCCACCCUUCUCAGCAGCUCGCUGAACUGUAAGCUAGAGCAGAGCCUCACCGUUCCUGGGCUGAGUCACGACGAUACUCUCGAGAGCCUGUCGGCCUUCGAUGCUAUCUCGGACCUUGAUUCUGAGGACGAAUUUGUCAACGGUAUCGUUAAUUUCACGCCACCCGACGACGGUUAUUUGCUUGGCGAGAAGCGUCGACGCGCUGCCAGCAACGCCAACAACGGCACCACCGCUACCACAUCCCAUGAAGAGGACGCUAUAAGCGAACAGGGCUUGGACGACUUAGAGGAGAGUGACUUGUUCGCCCGCUCUUGUAUCCCGCUCCCAGACUUCGACAGUGCUGAGCAGUGCCUCAUUGCCGACGACAUGAGGACAAAGAAGCGAGUAUCUGCCGUUGGUAGACGUAUCAGGCAAUUCCCUCUUGGACCUGAGGACAGCGAUGCUGACAGCCUGGGUGCCAUCAUGCGAAGUGCUCAGAGUAACGUGAACAACCGCGCCUCACACACCGACUCGUCUUCCACACAGGCACAGCAGCAAUCCGGAGCACCAAGCCAUGAAAGCUCGGAGACAAACCCACAGAGCACUACUUCUUCCGAGACCCCAGCUCCCACUCCAAUGGUCCCUGUCGGCCGCCGUGGCCGCAAACAGUCCCUAACUGAGGAUCCAUCCAAGACUUUCGUCUGCACCCUCUGCUCCCGCCGAUUCCGACGUCAAGAGCACCUCAAGCGUCACUAUCGCUCUCUUCACACUGAAGAUAAGCCAUUUGAGUGCCAGGACUGUGGUAAGAAGUUCUCCCGCAGUGACAAUCUUGCUCAACACACACGUACCCACGGUGGCUCCGGAAUGCCCAUGACCAUGUCCGAUCACCAUCCCGAGUCAUCUCCCUUUGAUGACCAGGACGCCGGAGCUCUAGGCGCCGUACUUUAUGAAGUUGCCCAAGCUGCCGCCAACAAGUCAACGACCAGUGAAUCUUCGGAUAGCGGCCUCUCCACCCGAGACAACCAGUCUUCUGCGCCUUUCACAACCCGAAAACGCCCACUCAAGAAGCGCAAGCGUGAAGCAUCCGAGUAA